UCGGGGUGGGGGCAUGGAACACUAUGGUGCAUCCACCUUCUUGAGGCUUGACUUGUUUGCGGACUCAUGUGGUAACCGCCAUUCUUUUGCGGUAAUGUAGUCACCUUCGCAAUUUCGCAAUGGUUUCUAUUGUCUUUCGGCCAUUUUCAAUUUGCUGUCAUCACAAGGAAACCGAGGUGACCAAAUAUUGUACAUUUUGGCACUUCUGGCUCGAUCGCCAUAGUGAAUACCAACAACGAAAUGUCAUCAUAUUACUUCGAAAACGUAGCGUCUGAGCCUCUUUGAAAUUGCGACAAAGCAAAGUACUGCAAUACAAUCAAAAUUCAAUGAAACUGAACUCGUAGCACGCCUUUCAUACGCGGUAUCUUGGCGUGUCUUGCGCUGGCUUAGCCCGUGAAUUGUCGCACCAAUCCAACUAAUUUUCAGUUCACCGCCAUUGACAACCAAUUACACGCUUGCUCAGUGGAAGAAAUGAACGCCACGGAAGCUAUUGUUUGCCGAAAGUUCGACGAGGAAAAGCAGUCUUGGAGUUACGUUGACCACCUCCAAGUGCCAAAGAGAGACAUCCUUCAACUUGUUCUUCUUCCCAAUGGGGGAAUGGUUAUAAUGUUGGACGCGCCCAACCUCUAUGUAUAUGAUGGGAAUGAAUUGAAGCUGGUUUCGCAGAACUUCCCUUUUUACAAGGAAAGCAACUUUACUGAUUACGAAUGCCGUACUCCAAUUUCGAAUGAUGAGAUUGUGGUUGGCAUGGCCUCGAGAAAGAAUGAAAAUUAUGUCGCCGAUAGCCACCUUUAUUUGAUCAACCUGUCAAACGGAAAUAUGACGAAGGUCGGGCCUAUUGACUCACGCGCGAGACGCUCAAAGUGUGGGGCUUAUGGGCCCCCUGGGAAUCGGAAGGUGUUCAUCUUUGGCGGAAUAACUACUGACACCGUGGGUCAAUACAGGUCAUUCAGAGGUGCCAUCAUUUUUGAUAGAAACUCCGGGAAGUUCACCUAUCCUGGAGGAAGAACGGGCCAAACUUUCCGACAUACCACUCCGUAUGAAGACACCUUUUUGAACAAUAAUAUAUUUAUUUCGUCUGCAAUCCUAACACUCCAGUAUAACAAUACGGACGCCAAACUUCAAAGAAAGGGCCAUAUCCGUGGUCGAUAUCAUUUUAUGUCUACGAUCUCGUCUAAGUAUUUGACCUGUACGGCGUGAUUCCAGAUUUAAUUUCUGGUGAUCCAGGGAGUCAUCUAUCAUCUAUUGACAAUCCAUUUCAGCGACCCUAUUUAAGCCAUCAUUUAGUAUAUUGAAUUAAUGACUCGUACGAGAAAUACAAUGUCUUCAUUCACUACAUUGCACCUAAAUAAAUGAGGCUAUGAGUU